UCUGUCAUCGUCCGUUUCUGUGUUAUUUUCUUAAAACUGCUUGCUGACAUUUGCGUCUUUACUCCAUUAAUAGAAAUGCUACAUCAUGUGUUCAAAAUACCAACGAGAAACUCAAGAAAGCGGGGAUUCCAUUCUCUCCAUCAGACGUAUUCCUGCAGUUCGUUUCCAAGGAGACGUGCUCUUGAGUAGUUCGCGGCUUGCGGGGGCUUUCUUCACGCGUACGCGUGCUCCUCAUCCCCCGUGAGUCUCUUGCAGUGAACCCACAACAGUGAGGAGUCCGCCGACACCGGGGAGCGGAUAUCCGAGCAACAGGACGCAUAGCAGGCGAUUCGGAUUUCUCGUUAAAUUGAUUUCUUGCACGCAAUAUGAAUGGAAGUUGGAAGGAAGAUGCUGGGAUUUUGGAGCUUCUUGGCACUUCUUAAAAUAAAUCCGUAGAGGCGAGGUCUCCCUUAUCCGGGGAAUGCGAGGGGGAUUGCGAUUCUACUUAGAUUAUGAAUUACCUGUGGACUAUAUUUUGUUUAAUUGAAAGUCAGUAAAGGACAGUGCUGAAUUAUCACAGCUAACCUGUUUGGAAAACGCGGCCACGCGGCCACAGGACCGCCCAAUAACACUGCCCUUCAUCAUCCACCACCUCAAGAACUUGACCUUGAAUGAUUGAUUAAAAAGAAAGAGCAUCAUUAUGGAGAAAAAGGCCUCCAGCAUUCAGGCAUCAUCUGAAUGAUGAUGAAUAACACAGUUGAACAAAAAUAUGUAAAUGCCAUCAUUUCUUUCAAUAAUAAUGAAGGUUUGAAUUGUGAUAUCAACUCCUCUUUAUAUAAAAGUCAUGAGAGUAUACAUAAUGGGAAUGAUGUCAACUGCCAGACUAAUGGUAGAGGAGAUGCAUGUGCUGCUGUUAGUAUGGUUCCCUCCAAAGUCCUAUUGAAAAAGGAUGAAAUGAGCGUGGACACCUCCCAAAAAACUUCAUUGGGCAAGAAGGCAAUGCAGGUCCAGCCUGAGCCAGAUUCAAUAAAAGCAGUUGUGUCAAAAGAGACAGUAGUUUCUAAGGCAGAGGAGGAUGGAUGCUUGGAAAAAGAAUCAAAACAAGAAGAAGAAAAAAGUAUUUUGAAUGAUUUCUGUGUCACAGGUACUAGCCAGUUGAAGCACAUGCCACUGGCUGAAUGUUCAGCCGAAAAUCAAAAACUAAUUGUGAGCACAAGUCAGAAAGUGACUGAUCAUAAGCUCAGAGACUCUUUAAUGAAGGAAGGUGCAGAAGGAAACACAUUACCUGAUGAGCCUAAGCCAUAUCUGAACAAAUCUGAAGAAAACAAUCAACAGGAAAUUGUAUUAAGCAGCCAGUUGGUUGGUGGCACCAUGGCUUUAAAAGCAAUAAAAGGCAAUGAUUGUAUCAUCAGUGAACCAAAUCAGGAAGGUAUGUAUGGUUGUAAAAAGACAGACAAUGAAUCUUCAUCACAUGCAAGCCAUGACAUCUCUAGACAUCUAGAAAUGUCUACAGUGGCUGUAAUCAAAAAUGAUGAGCUGAUUCCACACAUGAGCAAAAAUAUGAACAUUGACAAGUCAGCUGUAAAGGUUGCCUUAUCCACCUGCAGACAUGAUAAAAAUCCGUCAGUCAGUGCAGCCUCGGAUUCUGAAAAGGCUGGAGACCUAGUCACAGAGAACAUUCAGAAAGAGACAAUGCAUCCAAGAGAGUUAAAACUAACCAGCAUUUCAAAUCACAAUAUGAUUCCAGCAACAAGCCAAAACACACAGGAACAAUCCAUUGAGUCAGGGAAAAUGGUCAGUUUGUCUAGUAUUGAGCAAAUUCAACAAAUGAACUUAGAGGCGCAAGAAGUGAAGUCUUUAGCUGUUUUAAUCGGCUGCACAGUGAAAAAUGAAGACAGUGAGAAUAUCCCUUGUUCUCUAAUGAGGACAACUCAAGCUCCAUCACCACUCAGACAGCAUGUUGAGAUUCAAGUCUGCUUGGGUGUACCAUGCAAGUCAGCAGCCACCAGCCCCAUGACUCCUCCUGAAGGCUCUCCUGCUUUCAACUUUCCUUCCUAUGACAUGAACUGUACAGUGCCCAUUGUUCCAGUUAUUAAACCCCCCACUAAGGAUGCGGAAUUACAAGUGGGAACACAUAUAGAAUCCAAGUCAGUUUCCACCACUCCCAUGAGUUCAGGAAGAAAGUCACCCCAAGCUCCUUAUCCUGAAAUUCACAUAAAAGGAGCUACGGAAGAUGACCUACCUGAGCCAGUACGUGAGGUGAGGUGGGAUGAGAAGGGCAUGACCUGGGAUGUUUAUGGAGCCUCAAUGGAAGUGGAGGUGCUGGGAAUGGUCAUCCAGAAACAUCUGGAAAAACAAAUCGAAGAACAUGAGAAGCAACUGCCCCCUCGUCAUCCAAAUCCAGCAUUACAGCGAGGCGGUUCUCUGAAAGCUUCAGAGGUGACAACUGAAGAGAAAAGACAGCAACGGAGUCUCCUGCAAAUGCUAAUGCAAAACUUUCGCCGACCACAGUGUUGUUCUAGGCGAAAUACCAUUGAGUGAAAAAAUUGUUCAAAGAGGUGAACACACUUUCUUUUUAUUCAGACUAUUAUGUACUCCUGACUCAUUCACUUCUUUCCACUUCUCUGACAUGUACAACUACUAGAUGGCUACGAUACAGCUUGAGUACAUUUUAUGUGAAUCAAUAUCAGUGUUUUGUAUUUUAACAAAAUUGAGUGUUUUUGCACCCUGUUAGCAUUGUUUUGCUGUGACCUUUAUUGUUGCAGAAUAAACACCACCUGUCUAAAGUCUCUGAUCAUAAAUAAUAAAUAAAUAUGCCUAAUGAGCAAAGAGGUUAUUUAUUGGCUGGUUGCUGUAUAACUGCACAUAAUAAAUAUAACCAAACUUUUGCAAUCCAUAGUCAUGGAUUUCAAAGUUCCUCUUUUCUCACUAUUCACUACUUAUAUUUCUGUUCCUGUUUGUUCUCUAUCAGGAUGCAUGGCCUCUCGCACAUCUCUUAUAUAUGAAUGAAUUUCUUUCUGGAGUUAAAUAGCAGCCUUCCAUUAUGAGUCAUAUGCUUAUGUGGAUGUAAUCAUUGUGGAGACCUAAAAACCUUGAUUGGAGACAAAGUUAUCUGGUCUAUUUAUGGUACAGAUGAAGUUGGAGAAGAAAUUAAGGAAAUGUAACUCAAUGGAAAAUGGUCUUAUCAUAUUUAAAUGUUCCUUGUUGGGCGAGGAGAGAAUACAUGAAAAAGUGGACUUUAAAAGCAAGAAAUCAUUCAUUUCAUUAUGCUUAUUUAGGUUUAGUUAAACUGCAUAUUUUUUUAUUCAGCUCUUAAAAUCUGCUAGUGUCAGCUACACUUUAACAGCAUGGAGUUUGUUUGAGCUUCUAGCAUCAGUUUUUAUGAAAGUUCCAUCUCAAAUGCAAAUGUAAUCUCUCCUAGGUGUUGUCAAGUUUGUGUCUUGCAAUUUGGCUGUUGUAAAUUGGAACACCUUUUAAUUUACCUACAUGAUUAUUAUUUUUGUGCUGUUUUCUGUUUGGCAGUUUAAAAAUACAUGGAAUCAAUUUCUUUAUUUGGUUUUAAAGUCUGAGGUCAUUUUCUAGUACAGUACUUAGCUAUAGUUUGUGUCUUGCCUACCACCAUCUUGAUUUUAUGGGAAUUGUUAUUUUGAGGAGCAUUUAUACAUAGUUUCCAUCCCUGUUCCUACCAUAUCACAUCAAGAAUUUAUGACAUGUGACGUUACCAUUGGGACAUUAUAAAGGUCAACAUUGUACACUUUCUAAUUGUCUAAGAUUCUGGAUAAUCUCCAAAAAACUUUCUCUGUUUGAGUGUUAUGCAAGAUGAACAUAAGGUUUUGAAACUACUGCGAGUAUCCUGGAGAGUGAUUUUUUGUUAAUAUUUUGGGCUUUGUACUCUAGGGAAAUGUUUGUCUUGGUAGAAGCAUUUUGACUCUGAUUUUGUCCAAAAAAAAAUUAAAUAAAGUAAACCAAAAUCAAAUAAAAUAAGUGAAGCAAGAAAGAUCUGAAGUAAGUAAAAUGUAAGUAUAGCCAAUGUCAGAAUGCGAGACUAAAUAGUAUCUUGAUCACAGAAGAAAAUUUGUAGUCCACAAUAUGAACAAAAUGGUGCUGUAGAAGAAUGUAUUUAAUUUUUAAUGCUGUUAAAACAUUACUGAACAAAAAAUUAAUGUUAACAAUGAAUUCCUUACCCUUUCAAAAACUCAUAAAGGUGCCUUUGUGAUUUUUUAAAUUGUAAGGAAUGAAUAUAAAAAAAUUAAAUGUCAAGUCGUGACACUAAUGGUUUGCAGGAUCAUUUUAAGGAAUGUAUUCAAGCAGUCAAGAUUAAAAACCUAUUGUAGAACAUUUCACACCCUUUGAUCACAGUCCCACUGACCUGCUUGUGUUCUUUAACAGAUUUCAAACACAUCAUACAGAGUAAAAACAAAAAAGCUAAACUCAUUCUCAAACUCUGAUCUCACAUUUCUCCAGCACUGAAUGACUAAUUAACCUGUUAAUAUCUCCCUUUAUCUUCUUGAUGGAUGCCUUUAACACAUUCUCUGAUCUGUCAGCCCUUUGAUCUUUUAUUUCUUUUUUUCAUCAUCCACAUCUGUAAUUUCACUAUAUUCUUUACACGUGACAAUACCACUACUGCUACUACUACUAAUAUUAUACAGUAUGUCAAUCUGUCCAUCCAAACACCAUCUCUACGUCUAUUACCAAACCAAGUUAGGUCAGUUCAGUGUCGAAUUAUCCACUUCUUCUUUAGCAGGCAUUUGGGUUGCCAAAUGAUCUUUUUCAUUUUUCAGCCUGCAAAGAACUGCUAUUGAUAGUCUCCUAUGGAAGGAAUUUGUAGAUAAUCUCACAGUGCAUUAUAUGCUUCUUCAGUAGCAACUUGAAUUCUGUACACGUUUCGCUCCACUCUGAAGCAGCAAAAUAAGUGGAUUUGCAAAAGUCAACUUACACAUCAGAAAGCCCAGAAAAAGAGAAAAGGUUCAGUGACCCUGUGGCAGGUUGAUCUUCCUCAGUAUGCAGGCUUCCUAAAAUAUACCAAUUUUAAAAGGUCCUAUGUCAAAAUCAACUUAGAUGUUGCUGGAAAAAGACUUAAAUGUGUUCUACAUCGCUGAACCUCAAAGGUCUGCAAUUCUUUAGUGAACAUCAGCCGAAUAUAAAUGUUGUAGGGGGGAGCUCUGUCUCUCAGUCUGAAUGCACACUUUCCUUCUGAAUGCAAGCAACUUGUACAGGUUAGUUUUGCACUUAUCAAAAGGAUCCUACAUUUAAAAUAAUCUUUGUGUAAUCAAUGUUUAUAUUAAACCACUUUACUCUCCA